AUGGCAGACAGCAUAGAAUACGACCUGGUUGUCACGAAUGGCGUGUGCGUGACGGCGUCCGAUAUCGCCGCCUACGACAUUGGCAUUCGAGGUGAGAAGAUUGCAGUGUUGGCGCCGUCCGGAACUCUGGCAACGGCGCCAACAAAGCGGCUGAUCGACGCGGAGGGCGGCUACGUCAUGCCGGGCGGUGUCGACUGCCAUGUGCAUCUGCAGGAGCCGAGCAUGUUCGGCAAGGGCUCGUCGGCCGACUCGUUCGAGUCGGGCACGCGGUCAGCCAUUGCCGGCGGCACAACGACGGUCGUGGCCUUUGCGCCGCAGCAGCGAACGGAACCCUCGUUGUUGGCAGCCCUCGAAGCCACCCAUUCGCUCGCCCGCAACAACUGCUACAGCGACUACGGCUUCCAUCUGCUCGUUGGCAACGCGAGCGAUCAGGCGCUGUCGGAGAUCGCAUCCCUGCCCUCGCGCGGUGUCACUUCGCUUAAGAUCUACAUGACCUAUGAGGCCCUGCAGCUGCGCGACAACGAGAUUUUGUCGGUGCUGGCCGAGGCGCGCGCCAACAAGGUGCUGACCAUGAUCCACGCCGAGAACGGCGAUGUGCUCACAUGGCUGACGGAGCGUCUCGAGAAGCGGCGCCUGGUUGCCCCCCGCUACCACGCCCACUCGCGGCCGCAGCUGCUGGAAGAUGAGGCCACCAAUCGCGCCAUUGCGCUCGCCAGCAUUGUCGCCCAGACGCCCAUCCUGCUCGUGCACAUCAGCGACACGGGCGCCACCAAGCGCAUCCGCGAGGCCCAGACGCGUGGCCAGCCUGUCUUUGCCGAGACUUGCCCGCAGUAUCUGUUCUUGACGCGCGAGGAGCAUUUGGACGCGCCGCACGGCUUCGAGGCGGCCAAGCACGUCUGCUCGCCGCCGCCGCGCGAUGCUGCCGCCCAGGCCGUGAUCUGGACGGGUCUGCGCAACGGCACGUUCUCUGUUCUCAGCUCCGACCACUGCCCCUUCAACUUUGAUGACGACGUCACCGGCAAGAAGACGUGCAUCUCGGACGAGUUCCCCGUCGGCCGUUUCCGCCACAUCCCCAACGGCCUGCCCGGCGUCGAGACUCGACUUCCCCUCACAUUUUCGGCGACCGACCGCCGCGACAAGCUGCCGCUGAACAAGUUCGUCGAGGUCACCGCGACCAACGCCGCCAAGCUGUACGGCCUCUACCCGAAAAAGGGCGCCAUCAUGCCCGGCCUCUCCGAUGCCGACCUGGUCGUGUGGUACCCCAGCGUAGGCUCGCCCAAGCGCCCCGCGGGCCUCGACAACCUCGUCGUCACCAACAGCAUGCUGCACCACGACGUCGACUACACGCCGUACGAGGGCAAGCGUGUGACGAACUGGCCGCGGUAUACGGUGCUGCGCGGUGAGGUUGUGUGGGACCGCGACGGCGAGGGCAUUGUCGGACGCAAAGGGUACGGCCAAUUUAUCGAGCGGGACGCGAGUGUGCUGAAUGACAUUUGGCAGCGGGUCGAGGAGGACGGGCCGUUUGACGAGGACAAGCUGUGA